AUGGACGCGGCUGAGACUUCUCCAAAAGGGAAAUCAGUGGAAAACGCUGCUCCACUGCUAAGGAUUGAAGCCCACACUCGCUAUAAGAGACCCGCUUUGUAUGAAUUGGUCCCUGCUAACGUCCCGCGAAUAGCUGGACAACAUGCGAUUGCUGGUUUGCGGUUCUUCCUUUCCUCGCACGUCGCUCCAGUGAGCUAG